CCUUGCAUUGAGCUCCUUGGACUCUGACUUCCGCUAUCCAGAUGCACCUGUGGUGAAAUCCUUUCUAAGGUGCCUGUGGGGAUCCCAAGGUCCUGACCCACCCCUGGGGCGUUCGGGCCACUCCCCUCAUUACAGUGGCGCUCAGUAUUUCCCCUUGUGUUGGGCUCUUACAGUCCUAUAGGCAAAGGAGCCUGCCCUCCACCCUCCCCUCAAAAAACCACUUCACUUAUGCGCCUGUGCCCUGGCUUCUCUCUGUCCCCCUAUUGUAUAGGGCGCAGUAAAACAGCCUUAGUGGCCUGGAAUGGAAGGAUAUUGGGGCGUUAGGGUUUUUUUUCUCCCCUCUUUAUUUUAUCUUAUAACUCCUAUCUUGAGGCUGCCUAUGUUUCUUGUUCCAUCUUGUGAAUACGUGGUUCCCAUAUUUGCUGGCAGGAAAUGCCCUCUCUGCUGAGGCAAAAUAAUUAUAGGCAAAACCUUGUGUAAGUGCAGAAAGCUGUCUUGCUGGAGAAAUGGCUAAGAAGAGGGUUCUGUUGGGUUGACUUAAAAAAUGUGAGUGAAUCUGCUUCCUAAAUAGUGGUGGGGAAGUGUCCAAGAUGUAUGCAGUGUGAAACAAAGUUUGAUUUCAUAACCAGAAAGCACCAUUGCCGGAGAUGUGGGAAGUGCUUUUGUGACAAGUGCUGCAGUAAAAAAGUGCCUCUGCCUCGUAUGUGCUUUGUAGAUCCUGUGCGCCAGUGUGCUGAAUGUGCUUUCAUCUCUCAGAAAGAAACAGAAUUUUAUGACAAGCAGCUUAAAGUGCUUAUGAAUGGUGCUACAUUCUCUGUUGCUCGGGGAACAUCAGAAAAAUCGGAGAUGAUGGUUUGUCGACUUUCCAACAACCAGAGAUAUCUGUUUCUGGAUGGAGACAGCCAUUAUGAAAUUGAAAUUGCACAGAUUUCAACUGUCCAGAUACUUACAGAGGGAUUUACUCCUGGAGAAAAAGAUAUUCACACUUAUACCAGCCUUCUGGAGAGCCAACACAUUACGGAAGGAGGCAAUACUCGUGCCACAGGUAUGCUGCUGCAGUAUAAGGCACCAGGGUCAGAGGAGCUCACACAGAUGAAAUUUACUGCCAGUGAAGACUUCAAUUCUAACAAGAAGCUGUCAGCAGCCUGGCUAGCAGCUAUGCAUAAGGCAGCAAAACUCCUUUAUGAAUCCCGGGACCAAUAACAGCAGCAAGUUGUCUGAGAUCUGAGGGAAGAGACCAGCUCUAUGAAAAACCGCUUCUCACUUUUUGCUAGUUACUUUGAUCCAUGUAAUUGGUAUUAUGAACCCCUCUCUACCCCAAAUGUGGUUCACUAUGUAAGCACUGGCAAAAGCAAUGUGAGUAUUUUGGAACCAUGAGUAUUCACUUAUCUAGUGUGCAAUAUGUAUACAAUUAAUGCUUUAAACAGCCUCAUGUUUAAGACUUUAUAUUAUUUUGUUAAGUCUUCGUAUUAGCACUUAAUAUGGAAAAUGAAAGUAUGACCUGCACUACAGCUAAAAUGUAUAGCACAAUUUUUGUAGUACCAAUUAUGUAUACUAUAUGUAUUUAAUUUGUUGGCUACAAACAGCAAACAAAUGUAUUUGUAAGUCUCUUCUACAGAGAAUAGCUUUUUGGGUAUAGAUCUCAGGUUUUUUUCUUAUCCAAAUGUUGAAGAUCAAUGUACAAUGAAAUCUGCCUUAGAUACCCUUUUAUAGAAAUAAUCAUUUUGGGUUCUCAACAUGUGAUCAAACACUUUAAAGAUAAGUUUCAUCAAAUACCACAAACUGGCUUGUAUGAACGUGACCUUUUGGAGCCACCCUUAUGUAGGAAAAUAUAAGCUUCCCGAAAAUGAUUUUGAAGUUUUAUAUUCAUUUUACUUGUGGUAAUGAUCUUUUGCUAAUUAAUCAGAUUAUUGUAACUAAUGUUUGGACAUAUCGUAUACAGUAUUUUAAAUGUACAAGUCUUAUGGAUCAGAGGAAUUCAUACUUAAUGAAAAUAAGCAAAAUGCUCAAGAUAGCAUUCACUUUAACUUGCUAAGCAACUUAAGCUAACUUUCAACCUUAAAGACUUCAAUAUUCUUGGUUUGAGUGGAGGAGAGAAUAAAAGGUUAUUUACAAUA